ACAGAAAAGUGGAGGUCUACUCAAAGGGCGCUCUGCAGCAGCACAUUCUUCGGAAAGGAGGUUGUCUCUCCGAUCCUUUGAGCGCCAGACUUGCAGAGUGCACCGACGAGACUUUGCUAGCUUUCGGUCUUCUGCUUCGAGAUUUGCGAGCUUACAGAACUCGCACAGCCAUCUGGAGCUAGAGUUUCCCGUUGAAACUCUUCCGACAUUUCACGCAACUCGGUUGCUGUGCUAGAGAUCAUCAUCAUCUCAGUACUUCUCUCGGCGUUCUUCGACACAAGUCGAGCCAGGAACAAUGGAGAUCGGAAGUGCCAGCGACAACAAACAAUCCGCGGAAAUCGCGCGGACUGUAAUUCUGGUUUUUGCUGUCAGCGCAACGCUUUUCAUGGUCACGGAUUAUGCCUCGAUGGCAGCCCGAUUCUGCUAUAAGGUAUACGCACUGGGCGUAUACUAGCAUGGCCCAGGGGAACCAGCUUCACCCAUAAAAUGACCACACAAUUGCUACGUAGCGAACUUAUGAAUAUAAGUUCUUCAGAGCAGCAGUGCUCGAAGAAGUCAAAAUUCUGAAUUAUUUAUAGUUUCAUUGUUCUUGAGUUGCCAGAACUCGUCACAAAGAUGCACAUUACAUCUCAAUUGUACAGAUUUUACUUCGAGUAAUGAAUUCACGGGAACUAUUUUAACUU